GCGUAGUAGUAGUUGUCGCCAAGGUCAUCAUAUGUUUUCAGUGGGGAUUUUCUUAUAAUUAUCCCUGGCAUAUAAAACAUUGACCUAUGGAUAUUCAGAAAGCUUUUUCUCAGAUACUCCUAACUUGUUUUACACGAAUUUAUCCAAUCUAAACUAAUAGUGGUAUUACAUGACAUCGAAUCGUCCAUCUAACUGUCCAGCUUCAAAAUGGCGAACAAAUUGAAGGACAGAAUUUAUGGAACUCUUCGCAGUAUCGUGUAUCCAAAAGGAUCUACAACCUUAAAAUGGAAAGAAUUACUUAUUCUGUUCUUUGCUUUGAUGUCCACUGCCAUGUCUGUUACAAUGCUGUUUCCAUUCCUUCCAGCUAUGGUCAAGCAUUUUGGAAAGACAGAGGAAGAAACAGGUUAUUAUGCAGGUCUUAUCGCUUCUGCUAUGUUUUUUGGAAGAUUUUUAGCAAGCUAUUUCUGGGGAUAUUUGGCAGACAAGUUUGGCCGCCGUCCAAUACUCAUCAUCAGCUUGUUUCUGCUCAGUGUGAGCAUGUUUGCUUUUGGGUUUAGUACAUCUGUUGUCAUGGCAAUGCUUACAAGAUUUGGUGUUGGAUUGUCUAUGGGACUUAUUGGUAUUGCUAAAGCAAUCAUAUCUGAACUGUGUGACCAUACUAAUCAAUCUCUUGGGAUGUCCACAUUAACAAGUGCAUAUUCACUUGGAUUAGUCUUUGGUCCUGCUCUUGGAGGUUUUCUAUCAGAAGUAGGAAGAAAAUACCCUCAUCAGUUUCCAAAAGGUUCAUUCUUUGCACGCUUCCCAUUUUUACUCCCAUGUUUGGUUAACUCUGCGCUUCUUGUCACAUCAAUGAUAAUCAUCUACAUCUGGCUGUCAGAGACGUUGCCUCCAAACACACAAAGGGCGGACUCUACUAAAAAGGAAAAGGUUAAUGAAGAAAGCAAGUCAUUUCUCUUGAAUUCCCUUAAGAAGAAAAGUGAGGUUCUUAGUGUGGAAUCGUGCGAUGAAACAAAAAACAAAACUCCACUCAAUGAGAAAAGCGGAAAUAAAAUGAAGAAUACCGAGUCUGAAGUCUCCGACGAAUGUGACAGAAAAAUGAAGAGCAAAACGUCUGAUGAAGAUAGCAUAGAAACUAAAGAAAUGCCUGCAUUAUCUAACGGACAACACGACGUUAAAGAUGAUAGUCAAAUAUCAAAGUCAUUGGAUACAAAUGAUAAAGAUUUACUUAGCAUUGACGAUCGUAGAAACAGCAAAGAUAGUGAACAAUGUACUGAUAGUGACAUCAGUGUUAAAGAUGACUCAAAGGGAAUAUGUAAGACAGCGAACUGUAUAGAGAAAGAUGAGCCAUCCUCUAGCGAAUGCGAAGUAGAAGCACCGAAUGAUGAACAACAGAAGAUAGGGAAGAAAGAGAACGAGGAAUCAUUAAGAACAGAGACUAAACGUAGUACAGAUUUAUCGCUCAAGACUGAUGAAGAUAAGCAAGAAAUAAAGUCUCGAAAAUGUGAAACGUGUCACACGAAGGACCUCAAAGAAAUGCCUUCCAGCACUAGAGAAAACGCUUCAACUUCAGCUCGUUCGAGUACGAAGGACUCAAAGAUGCUCAGCACCGCUACGAGUGUAAAUUCAGCCACGAAGCGUUCGUGUUGUUCUUGCUGUGGUAGCACUAAAGACAGCAAUUUAUGGAGAAUAUUGAGGAAUUUCAACGCGGUGCUUAUAUUAGCUGUAUACUCACUUUAUUCAUUGUGUGUAAUUGGAAGCGAUGAACUGUUUAAUAUCUGGGGAGCUACAGAUACAAGGCUUGGUGGUUUAGACUUCUCAACCGAUGACUUAGGCACAUCGAUCCUCGUAGUUGGUAUCGUGAUGAUCGUAGUACAACCAAUGAUUCUCCCUAAGCUCGAGAGGAAACUAGGCGCAAUUCUGAAUUUUCAGGUUUGCGUGAUGAUCGUUAUAUUCUGUAUUGUUACUCUACCUGCUCUGCGAAUAUUAGUGAAAAGCCCGUCAGUUUUGUGGCCUGUUCUACUAAUACAUUUAUCUGUCAUGCGCAUAUCAGUCAGUGGUGCGUUCUUAUCUUGCUUCUUACUCGUGAACAACUCCGUUAGGCAAGACCUUCUCUGCAGUGUCAAUGGAUUGGGAGUAUCUCUCAGCAGUUUAUUCAGAGCCUUUGCCCCAUCCGUCGGUGGAAGUCUAUUUGCAUGGUCGAUAAGCUCAGGCUACAAGAUUGGGUUCCCAUUCAACAUGAAUCUGGCCUUCAUAUUCUUCGGCUUUGUGUACCUAGUAGCAUCAACUCUGAGCUGUUUUCUUUCUGAUUCGUUGAACAAACCCAAAGGCGUAAAGAACAAGAAACUUGCUUGUAUGUCAUGUGACAAUCUAUUGGAAGCUAAAACCUGAUUGGUUAAAGACUACUCUCACUCGACCCAGACCACUUUGAUAUUUAUUUACAGAGAGCGGCUUGGGAACUAGAUUGGAUCAGUGGUGGUUUGGGGUAGCUUUCAAAUGAUUGAAAUCUACUGAACAAAUUAGAGCACAAAGAUAACUGCUCAGGUUAGUAACUAUAGUAGCAUUACAGAUCCGUGUCGUAAGUACGCUGUUUCACUUUUGUGCCAAAUCAUCUGCUUUCAUCAACUUUAACUUUUUGUGUGUUGGUUUUCUUUUCUAUGGCGCCGGCCAUAUUGGAAAUUAUCUUAAAUAAUUAGUUUACUUUUGAGGGGAAAAGAAUCCUCGUACACAAGGUAGAAUGCCGGGUACAGUGCCCGGUAAAGGUCUUCUUUGGUCUUCGUACGCUAACAAAAGUUCCACCUUUCCUUAUUAUCUUAAAUAAUUAGUUUACUUUUGAGGGGAAAAGAAUCCUCGUACACAAGGUAGAAUGCCGGGUACAGUGCCUGGUAAAGGUCUUCUUUGGUCUUCGUACGCUAACAAAAGUUCCACCUUUCCUUAUAUUCCUUAAACAUGCUU